UUGGACUGGUUUGCACCAACCUCCAUGGAGGACCGCAGUGUGUGUUCCACUCGAGUGCCAGCUGGGAACAGGGCAAGCCUCAGGGAAACGAGCCAUGAGAGCCAUGUCCCUAGUGCUGAAGUUCUUGAAGCAAUAGAAAAUGUUAUUCUAGAUGUACUUAAGAGCCUGGCCCAAAAUAAAGCACCUGUGCUCACACUGGCUAGGAGAUCAGAUUGGAGAAACAUAGAAUUUAAAGAUUCUGUAGGUCUACAGAUGAUACCACACUAUGCUACAAAACAAAUAAGAAGUGACUGCCCUAGAUCAGCACCAAAAUUUGCUCUGAUGCUCAAAAUAUUAUCUAUGAUCUACAAGAUGGUGCAGAGCAACACUUAUGCAACUAAAAGAGAUAUAUAUUAUUCAGAUACACUACUCUUUGGUAGCCAAAGUGUUGUGGACAACAUAAUCAAUGACAUUUCUUGCAUGCUUAGGAUACCUCGGAGAAGUCUACAUGUACUGUCUACAACUAAAGGUUUUGUUGCUGGGAAUUUAAGCUAUAUCGAGGAAGAUGGUACAAAAGUGAAUUGUACCUGCAGUGCAACAGCAGUCACUGUGCCAUCUAACGUUCAAGGAAUUAAAAAUUUAAUCUCACAUGCCAAAUUUAUGUUAAUUGUAGAAAAAGAUGCAACUUUUCAGAGACUCCUGGAUGAUGACUUCUGCAAUAAAUUGUCCCCAUGUAUAAUGAUUACGGGAAGAGGUGUACCAGAUCUUAACACACGACUUCUGGUCAGAAAGCUGUGGGAUUCUUUUCAGAUUCCUAUUUUCACCCUUAUGGAUGCAGAUCCACAUGGUAUUGAAAUAAUGUGCAUCUACAAAUAUGGAUCUGUGUCCAUGUCUUUUGAGGCCCAUCAUCUCACCGUUCCAUCUAUAAAGUGGCUUGGUCUUCUUCCAUCUGAUCUCCAGAGAUUAAAUAUACGCAAAGAUGCUCUAAUUCCAUUUACAAAGCGAGAUCAAAAUAAAUUAGCAAGUAUACAGAAGAGACCUUACAUUGCUUGCCAGCCAACAUGGAAAAAAGAACUGGAAAUUAUGGCAGCAUCUAAGCUGAAGGCUGAAAUUCAAGUUCUAACUUCUCUUUCAUCAGAUUACCUUUCCAGAGUCUAUUUACCAAACAAACUGCAAUUUGGUGGAUGGGUAUGAAUGCUUGUUCGCAGAUGAAAUGUUUUUCUUGUAUUAUUUUGUUGACUGCUCUUAGAAAAAAGGUAGAGACAGAGAAGUGUCUGUCAGCUUCCUGCUAGGUUUCUUUAUCUAUGUAUUUAGAUUAUUAUUCUUUCUCAAACCAUAAGAGAAAAUAUGAUUUACAGACUACUGUUGCUUCUGUACUGGGGCUUCUGCUGUGUACCAAUGCCAAAUGCAGUGGUACAGACAUAACAAGAUAAUUCAAUGUUCUUUGUGGCCAGAAAAUAUUAAGUUUAAAAAAACAUCAAGGAAUUGCUUUGCACUCUGUCUUACAGCACAAGAUGAUGCUGUACCAACCUUUUUAUUUUUUAAGAGAGUAAAAGACUUUGUUAACAAUUUAUUGCCUCCUUUUGGAAAUUAUUUUAAGUACAGGGUUGUGGCAUUUUGUGUUCACUGUAAAUUCAGACUGAAAAGUCAGAGAUAAUUCCUCAUUACUGCAUAUCUCAAGAAGCUAUAAAUGUUCCAGCAACCAAAUUACUGUUUGUCUUCAACGAACAAGUGAGCAAGCAGAUGUUACUGAUUAAGAAUUUAAUAAACAAUCCUGUUAAUGAUGCACAUCGUAACAGAAUCCCUUGUUCAUUUUCUUUUAGUUGGCUCCGUAACAGUCCAAAGGAGCAGGAAACUGAUGAUUAAAGCGUACAAUAAAUUUUUCAUGAAGAAACCAGAUUGGCUGCAGAGUAGAUACUCCAAAAGUGAUCUACACAGCCACCUGCAUGGGUGUUGCCGAUAGUAUUUUCGGUUUAUGUAGCUAGGUUUAUUUACUACUGUUCUAGCAAUAUUGAAUUCAAAAGGAAUUAAAAUUCCUUUUCACGCACUGCACAGCAGCGGUGUUAUUACCUGCUAGUACCUCACAGCGCCCAGGAGCACAACCUGAAUGCACAGCGCACGCAAGACCGACCCCGUCGGCAGGCGCAGGGCAGGGCUAAGGCUCCCGCCGCAGGCCGGUCGAACAACUCGGGGCAGUUCGGCCGCAGAGAACCGGCGGGGCAGCGUCCUUCCGAAGGUGAACACCCUCUGAGCUGAACCGGACGACGCGUCCCCACGCCGCGGCGGGCCCUGGCCGCACUGUGACCCGCCUGGCAACGCCAACGCCUUCCACCCCAUGUGCCCUAUUUCCUACAGCGCCACAGCCGCCACCGCUCGGGUGACCCGCUCCUCGCAGCGAAA